UGUGACAGCCACACUACAAGUGACUAGGCAUCAUUUCGGCACAAAAAAAACAGCGUCAAACUUAAAAAUCUCCUUCAAUUAAUCUGAAAACAAACGAAAUGUCUGGACCGGAGAAAGAAAAGGAGAAGGAAAAGGAGGAGACCAACAACAAAAGUGAGGACUUGGGUCUUCUGGAGGAGGACGACGAAUUCGAAGAGUUUCCCGCAGAAGAUUUCAAAGUCGGGGAUGAUGAGGAGGACCUGAAUGUGUGGGAGGACAACUGGGACGACGACAACGUGGAGGACGACUUCAGCCAGCAGCUGAAGGCGCAUCUCGAGAGCAAGAAGAUGGAGACGUAGUAGUUACCCGGCACCCCCCUCCGUUCAGUCCUAACCAAUAAAAAAACGAGCUGAGCUGUUUGCAGUUUUAGAAUAAAAUCCGUAUAAUUAGUGCUAACCUAA